AUGUUUUCGUGGAGUAUUACGAAAUCCGCUGAGGCGAUGUUCUCACGGUGGGCUGUAAAGCGUAUCUGCAAAUUUUUGCUCAAGAAGAAGUUGGGCAAGUUUAUUCUUGGGGAUAUUGAUCUUCACCAGCUUGAUGUUCAGCUCGGUGCUGGCACAAUUCAGCUCUCCGAUCUUGCGCUGAACGUCGAUUAUGUAAACGAGAAGUUGGGAACAGCGGCAGUUCUUCUGAAAGAAGGGUCUGUCGGGUCACUUACGGUAACCAUGCCUUGGAAGGAUGGUGGCUGCCGGGUUGAGGUGGAUGAGCUUGAGAUUGUUCUUGCUCCUCGUGGUGGUGAAUUUUGCCGAUAUGAACCCGACACUGCCAGUCACUGUAAAGUCGACAGCAAUAGUUCCAGCCAUGGUGCUAAAAAGCAAGACGCUGGGAGUCCGAACAGUGGAGUUUCUGUUGAUGUUCAUGAAGGAGUUAAAACCAUUGCCAAAAUGGUGAAGUGGUUGCUAACAAGCUUCCACGUCAAAGUUAAGAAACUUAUUGUGGCAUUUGAUCCGCUUCUGGAAGAUGGAAAUGAUAGCGGGUUAGGCAGAAUCUUGGUGCUUCGGAUUAGUGAAGCAGAGUGCGGAACACAUAUUUCUGAAGAUGAUUCGUCGAGCGGUUUCACCACAGUUAAUAAUUUUCUUGGUUUCAGUCGAUUAACAAAUUAUGUGAAAUUUGAGGGAGCAGUGAUUGAGUUGCUCCACGUGGAUGGUCUUGAUCAUCAGUCAUCGCUUGAAUUUCCCACCGAAACAAGUGCUGGCAACUGGUUUUCAGGGUACUGUUCAUCUGGUAACAUGACUACGAUAAUUUCUGGAGAAAAUGGAGGUUUUUCGGGAAAUCUGUCGUUAAGUUUACCGUGGCAAAAUGGUUCAUUGGACAUCCACAAAGUGAAUGCUGAUCUUCAUUUGGAGCCGCUUGAAAUAAGACUUCAACCCAGCACCGUCAAGUGUUUCAUAUUCAUGUGGGGCGUAUUGAAAGGUGUUAUUGACAAGAGCAAGGAUCCAGGUCAUCAUGAACCAUCAGAUGAUUUGUCAGCUCCAAAUUCUUGUGUGGGUCUUCCUGAAAAAAGUAUAGCUUAUAAUGGACGCUUGAUUGCCAAUAGCUGUGUGAUGGAGAAGGAACCGGCACAUAAUUUUCUCUCAGAAUCGCAUCUUAUAUCCGAUUGGGUGAGCAGAAGCUCGAAAGAUGCAAAUGAGGAAGAACCAGAUUUUGGAGCAAGUGUGGACCAAUUUUUUGAGUGUUUUGAUGGACUAAGAAAUUCACAGUCAGCUUUGGGGAAUAGUGGCAUGUGGAACUGGUCAUGUUCUGUGUUUAGUGCAAUAACUGCAGCUUCCUACCUUGCCUCUGGGUCUGUACAUGUCUCGUCUGAGCAGCAGCAUGUUGAAACCAACUUUAAUGCGUCCUUAGCAAAAGUAUCUCUCCUUUUAUCCUUCCUCGAUGAAGAUCAAAAUCAGUUCUCCAAAGUGACAGAUGAUAUGGCCAAUACUGGUUCUCAAAGUCAUCGUAUGUGCACACAGUUCAUCGAUUUGUUUCUUACGGUGCAGGUGGGCCCUUCAGAAAUGAACUUCGAAGUUAUUGUGCAACAUAUUCAACUUGUUGAUCACUUGUGCUCUGAAAGUAACUCAGUGGGUUCCAGUGUGCAUGGAUAUAAUGACAACUCUGCUAGUGAGGUUGCCUUGGUUCGGAAAAUGCAAGACGAUGUGCAAGGCGCUUUUUUGGCUUUUCAAGACUCUGACAAAGAACACGGAACACGCUAUCGGGUUAAUCAUUUGAAUAAUAUUUCUCUGAACAUGAAGGAGAUCAAUAGAUGCCGUCACUUAAUAAAUGGAAAAGAUAUCUGCGGGAAAGAUGCCAGUGUAACUUUGCUUAAGACCUCAGGUGCCACUCAGUGCCAUGUCAAGAUAAACUUGGGUUCUGCUGGUGCCUCAAUGAUGGGGCCAACAAUUUUUACAUUGAAGUUGCCGCAUUUCGUUUGCUGGUUUAGCUUUGAUCCAAUUACCAUGAUGCUACAAUUUCUGAAAGAUAUGGCAAAUUGCAUGGAGACAACUCUCAAGGGGAGUAAUUAUGUGCCUGAUUCAGAAGCUAUGAAAUGUGGAUUUUUCCCUCAGAGUGAUGAAAUGAAAAUUUCACAUGCUUCAACUGAAAGAGUUGUGGAGGGUCAUGUAUUCCUUCUAAAUGCUAGGAUCUUCCUGAAUUUUCCUCCCAAGAACCAUAGAGAUCUUUGCAGCAGCUCUUCUAGCAGACAGGUUAUUGCUUUUGAUUUUAUAUCAACAAGAACUUGUGGGAAAGAUGUCCAAUCUUCUAAGCCACCAGCUUUUGCAAGUUCUGACAGGAGGCUCACCGUGACCACAUCAUGCUCGUUGAAUUUUAACGUAGGUGACUUUUAUCUCUUCUCCAUUACCUCACCUUUAACACAGAAAACUGUUGGUAGCGAGAUCUACAACAUGCAGGACGCUAGCUUUUCUGUUGAGAAGAUUAUUUCUAUUGUGAACAGAACUGGUCUGUCUAUCAUUAGUAUGUUAUGGCAAGAAGGCCUUGCUACUGGCCCUUGGAUAGCAAAGAAAGCCAAGCUUUUAGCUUCUUCAGAGAAUGGAAAGAAAGAUGUAAGAAAAGGCUGCGAGUUUGCCUCGGUUACAACUGUUAAGGACAACAAAAAUUUUGAAGCUCGUUCUCGACAAGAGAUAAUAUCAACUUCUACAUUUUUACUUCAUGGGAAAUUACCUCCUGUAACAAUCAGUCUGGGAAAAUCUCAGUAUGAAAAAAUAAGUGGCCUCAUAACUCAGGUGUUCGAGCAUUUCUCAAGUGUUGCUUCUGAAUCAGUUACAAUUGGGGAGGAACACUCUGUAUCGCAAACAUCAAUUCUUGUGGAGUGUGAAUCUGCUACAUUUACCAUGGCGAUUGAGCCAGUAGGUGAUGUUUUCUCUACAUGUUCUGAACUUCCCGGUUCUUGGUCAUAUCUGACACUUCAAGUCAACAAGUUUGAAUUACUUUCCGUAUCUAAUAUUGGUGGAAUCAGAAGUGCCAAUUUCCUAUGGGUGGCCCAUGGUCCAGGCAGUUUGUGGGGUUCCAUUACUGAAGGUGUACAUCGUGAGUUUCUUCUGAUAUCGUGCAGUGAAUCUACAAUGGGUCGUGGAGGUGGCGGAGGUUCAAAUGUGCUAUCUUCUCGGUAUUCUGGUUCGGACAUAAUUCACUUCUGUGAUCCAGAGAGCAACCAUAAUUCUCUUUCUAUUACUCUUAGAGGCGCCACUAUUGUGGCAAUCGGGGGUCGCAUGGAUUGGUUUACUACUAUAUUUUCUUUCUUCAGGUCACCAUCUUCCGAACUAGAGCAAACGGGUGGUGAUUGUCGGGACAAGAAAUGUGGGUCAUCCUUCAUUCUUCAUUUGGUUGAUGUUGGUUUGAGUUAUGAACCGUACUUGAGAAAACUUGCAGUUCCUCAAGGGUCAGAUACAUCUUCUAAUUGGAGCGCCAAUGAAUCUUUAGAAGACUUCCAUGUUACUUGUAUAUUGGCUGCGUCUUCCCUGAAACUUUCGAAUACUACUUUGGUUGAUUGCAAUGAAGGGGAGUAUAAGAUUCAACUGCAAGAUCUUGGUUUGCUCGUUCGUAUGCUUCCGAAAUCUGAGUUGUUUGGUAGUAAUUACAGUGUAGAUUCUCUUCGCAAGGCUGGUUAUGUGAAAGUUGCAGAAGAGGCUCAUACUGAGGCACUCUUUAGGACGAACUGUGAGAACGGCCAUUCAUGGGAAUUAGAAUGUGGGGACUCGCACAUCGUUUUAAAUACAUGCCAUGACACGACAUCAGCAUUAAUUAGAUUGGCUGCUCAACUCCAAAAGCUAUUUUCGCCCGAUUUGCGAGAUUACGUUGUGCACUUGGAGAAUAGGUGGAACAAUGCACAACAGGUACAUGAUCCCAAUGAUGAAAAGAAGGUAGGUGGUGAUUUUUCUCCAACACUUUCUCUAGAUAAGAAAGUUAAGGUAGGGAAUUUGAUGGAUCAAAUAUGUGAAGAUGUGUUCCAGGUUGAUGUUGAUGGUCAUACUAAAAGUUUCGAAUCACAUCUUGGCAUGUCAACUGGUGAUGAUAGUUCUCUAGUGUCUAGUAGAGCUUCGCCAUCAGAAGAAAAUGUACCCACUUUUAUAGAAGAAUAUUUCGUAACAGAUUUACGCGGCCUUUCAGGCCUCGCUUUGAAAAAACAGUCAUCUGACCCGACUUGCUACACAUCUGCUUCUGCUGGAGAGUCUCGAUUGGGUAAUGGAGGAUGGUAUGCAGAUACGUCACUAAGAGUUUUAGAAAAUCAUGCUUCAAAACUAGAGCAGAUUCAUAUGCCGAAGGAGGCUGUAGAUGUUGAAAUUUCUUCUAGUGAUUCUGAUUAUGUUGAUAUUGGAAAAGUUGAGGGUCACAUACUUCUUAAGAACAUGAAUGUCGUCUGGAGAAUGUAUGGUGGCUCAGACUGGUCUUCUAGCUUCCAUAAUACGUCUCAUACUUCUCCUGUGACUUGUUCAAGGGAUGUGGCUGUUUGUUUAGAGCUUGCACUAUGUGGCAUAGGGUUCGAAUAUGAUAUUUACCCUGAUGGUGAAAUAUCGGCCUCCACGCUUUCUCUCACCAUUCAGGAUGUCUGCCUGAAUGAUAGAAGUGGUAAUGCACCAUGGAAACUGGUGCUCGGUUGCUAUCAAUCAAAAAAGCAUCCUAGAAAGUCCUCCUCAAAAGCAGUGAAGCUAAAUUUAGAAGCUGUUAGACCAGACCCAUCAAUUCGCAUAGAAGAAAACCGGCUGCGGAUUGCUAUACUUCCUAUUCGGUUGCAUCUUCACCAGAGCCAUCUAGACUUUCUGAUCAAGUUCUUUGGCGGAAAAGAAUUAUCAUCUGAAUCUUCUCCCAGUACUCCAUUGGGUUUAGGCAACUCUGGAGAGCCAUGUGAGAAGAGUGACAAUGUGCCGUGUUGCAACAUUAAUGAGGCAUUUCUUACUUACUUUCAGAAAUUCGAAAUAGGCCCGAUGCUAAUUCGAGUUGAUUACAGUCCCUGCCAUGUUGACUUAACUGCAUUGAGGGGUGGCAAAUAUGUUGAACUUGUUAACCUUGUACCUUGGAAGGGUGUGGAGUUACAACUCAAGCAUGUUCAAGGAGUUGGUCUCUAUGGUUGGGGAAGUGUUUGUGAGACAAUAUUUGGGGAGUGGUUAGAAGACAUUUCUAAAAAUCAGAUUCAUAAACUGUUAAAAGGCCUUCCUCCCAUCAAGUCCUUGUUCGCUGUUGGUACUGGAGCUGCAAAAUUGGUCUCUCUGCCUGUAAAGAAUUACAAAAAGGAUCAUAGACUACUCAAAGGAAUGCAAAGAGGUACUUUUGCAUUUCUUAGAAGCAUCUCACUCGAAGCCAUUGGACUAGGAGUACAUUUAGCUGCCGGAGCCCAUAAUGUUCUUCUCCAAGCCGAAUACAUCCUAGCAAGCAUACCACCCUCUGUACCAUGGCCCGUAGAAAGCAAAGUGGGUACAAAUGUGAGAUUAAAUCAGCCUAAUGAUGCCCAACAAGGAAUUCAACAGGCUUACCAAAGCAUUAGUGAUGGCCUUGGAAAAUCGGCUUCUGCCUUGGUGCAAACUCCAUUGAAAAAGUACCAAAGAGGUGGUAGUGUGGGGUCCGCUUUGGCUACUGCCGUGCAGUCUGCCCCAGCUGCAGCUAUAGCCCCGGCUUCUGGUGCUGCUCGUGCAGUGCAUUGUGCUCUUCUUGGCUUUAGGAACAGCCUUGACCCAGAGCAUAAGAGAGAGUCUGUAGAAAAAUACAUGGGGCGAACUCCUCCUCGAGAAUUCAUGCAAUAG